AUGAGCAAAACUCAUCCACCCCAGCUCAAGUUGUACAUGGAUAAGCACAUGCUGUUCAAAUUAAAUGGAAACCGGUAAGUUUUUUUUUAUUUUGUUGGCUUUUAGAGUUUGAAGUUGUUAACCAUAAUGGUUAUAGAAAGGUUACUGGUGUUCUUCGCGGAUUCGAUCCUUUCAUGAACCUUAUCAUUGAAGAAGCUGUCGAACAUCCAAAGGUAUGUUAAUUUAUCAUUUAUGUUCCGAUUUACUUUAGUUUUAAAAAAUGGUGGUUUUCAUAUUUGAAUUCUUCUUUUUAUUAUUACUUUUUUCAACUGAUAGCUGGGGACUUUAAAUCUUUUGUGUUUGUAGAUUAUUUAGUUAUUUAACUAUGUUAAAAAUAUUUUUUUGAAACUUGCAAAUUUCACAAAGUUAUAUUAGCUUUUUCGUCCCCACCUUCAGAGUGAACAAUAAUUUUUUUAAAAAAUUUAAAAAAAAACAUUAUUAAGCAUCAAAGCUGGUCUAUAACAUUAAUUUUCAGACUGGUGAGCCAAAGAGCAUUGGUAUGGUAGUUGUUAGAGGCAAUUCGAUUGUCACGAUGGAGCCACAACAGCGAAUGGACGCUUGA